UGGCGACCCUUGAAGCCGAAUUCUAUUCAUCAUGGACGGGUCUUACCUCCUUCAAUUAUUUUUCUAUGAAUCGUGUGUUGACCAGUAGCAGUAGGUGUAGACUUGGUCAAGUAUUUCUUUCGCAAACCAGGAUAAAUAGUGCAGUACUCGCAAGGUUUGUUUCAUUCCAGAAAGCCUUCUUUCCUGGCCAGAGUAGUGCUUCCAUUCUAACAGGUUCCUCCAUCUCCUAAAGUCAUUUUGGUUUGCUCUCUGUUCCACGGUAUAUACACGUACAUAUCUCUGGUAGAAGCAAUCAGUCUCGAUUGAUUACGUCCACUGCAUAUAUCUUUAAGAAAUACCUUGGCAUAUUGUUUGUGCUUCCCAGGUUGCAAAUUUACUAGCCCCGUAUUUCAGGGCUAAAUCUUCAGGAGAAUGGAGGAUGGAAGUCUGCUAGAGCAUAGAACAGUGGACGAAACUGUGCUGGAGCGUAGACUUAACGGAGUCGAGGACCCGAAGGAUCUUCCAUUACCACUGUUGCAGCACAUCACGAAUGAUUUCUCUGAAAAUAGAAAAAUUGGCCAGGGUGGAUUUGGAGCUGUUUACAAGGGUGUACUCCAAAGUGGGAAACCUGUUGCUGUGAAGAGGAUAUAUGUGAAUGAGUACACAAUUGAUGGCAAGGCAUUCCGCCGGGAGUUCAAUAGCCUGGUGAAAACUAAUCAUGAAAAUGUAGUCCGGUUUCUUGGCUUCUGCUCUAAUACACAUCAGACAUCUAUAAAAGUGGCUGCGACAGGAAAAAAUGACUUGGUCAACAUUAAUGAAAGAUUGCUCUGCUUAGAGUACAUUAGCAAUGGAAGUCUUGAUACACAUAUUACUG